UUCUGUCAGAUUGAAUAUUUUGGAACUAUUUCCAUUGGAACCCCACCUCAGUCCUUCACUGUCAUCUUUGAUACCGGAUCUUCAAACUUGUGGGUUCCCUCUGUUUACUGUUCCAGCUCAGCCUGCACCAACCACCACAUGUUUAACCCACAGCAAUCAUCAACAUUCCAAGCUACCAAUACCCCGGUAUCUAUCCAAUAUGGCACUGGCAGUUUGUCUGGGUUUCUUGGAUAUGACACAGUGCAGGUCGGAAACAUUCAGAUCACUAACCAGAUUUUUGGUUUGAGCGAGUCUGAACCUGGAUCAUUCUUGUACUAUUCUCCUUUUGAUGGAAUCUUGGGAUUGGCAUUUCCAAGCUUAGCAUCUUCUCAAGCUACACCUGUUUUUGAUAAUAUGUGGAGCCAGGGUCUCAUCCCUCAGGAUCUCUUCUCUGUCUAUCUAAGUUCUCAAGGGCAGAGUGGCAGCUUUGUUCUCUUUGGUGGUGUAGACACCUCUUAUUACACUGGAAUCGGGGGGAAAUCUGAACUGGGUUCCUCUCACUGCAGAAACAUAUUGGCAGAUAACGGUGGAUAG